AUGUUUGGGCAUAUUUGCUUAAGAGCUGAAGAAUGCGGAAGUGAUGGUCAGUCAGUGCAUGCAAUGGCUAAAAACAUUUACUUGAUGCUCACGGAAGGCCAGCACCCACCAGGCGCCACGAAUUUUCAUCAUCUCAAGCACCAUUUUGAACCUCAUACUUGGUUUUGUGAUGUUGCUAAGCAUAUUGAUGACUAUUUCGUGAUUCAUUACUCUCACAAUAUCGAUGAAAACGUUGGACAGUUCAAGAAACUCUUUGAAAUAAGUGGAGUUCCGGAAACUUAUGCAGAUCAGACUUUAAAACGAAUGCAAACUGAAUCAACUCAUUCUGAUCGAAAUGAUACUAUGUACGAGAUGAUGUUAGAUGAGAUCUACUCGAAUCAAGAAACUCUUUCCUAUAUUGUAGCCUCUUAUUACUAUGAUUACAAGCUACUAAAGAUACCAUUCCCUAAAGGGGAUUUCGCUUCACCAGCUUCUACUACCGCCGAGCUUGUGUCUUCUCAACGUUUCGCAUGCUUUGGCCGUACAAGACUUUUAAUCUUAAUCCUUGCUACAUUUUAUCUAUCCACCUUACAGUCAAGUGUUAUCGCGUACAAUGCGACUUUCGUUGUGAUGAUGGAUAUCACUUCAUCUCCACUUUACCAUGGGAAUCUCACCUUUCAAGAAAUUGAGCAAAUUGAUUGGGCUUCGUCAGAUCUCUCGAUGAGUGAUCGCCGAUUUAGAUAUGAUAUGUUACAAAAGGGGCUUUCGUUUGCAGGAGCCUAUGGUGGAGCGCUGAUUGGCACUCAACCGCUUACCCUGAUAACUGUUCGGUAUGGAGCACAUAAGGUGAUGACGAUCAUCGGCAUUUUGGCCACUGUCUCCGUUGCAUUGACUCCGAUUUGUGUGUCUACCUCUUUCUGGCUUUUCGUCGUUGUUCGUGUGGUGGCGGGUCUUUCUCUCUCAAAUCUUUUCCCAGUCGCCGCCAUGAUCGUCAAUCAAUGGGCCUCUAAUCUGGAAAAGGGACUUUUCGUUGCAGUCCUUUCUGGAUAUGUCGAACUUUCGCCACUCAUCACUAUGCCUCUCGCUGGAAUUGUGGCCACUGGAGUAAGCUGGCCAGCUGUUUUCUAUUUCCACGCGAUUCUUUCUGGUCUUUUCACUACUCUAUGGGUGUUUUUCUACAGAGAUCAACCAAAAAGUCAUCCAUUUGUUGGUAAAGAUGAAUAUGCAAAAGUCUCCGAAGGUAAACCAGCUGAUCUUCAAGGAAAAUCAGCAGAGGUCCCAAUUGUUCGCAUUCUCAAAAGCAUCGUCAUUUGGGCUGUAUGGAUCGCUGUCAUUGGGAAUUUCUUUGUGAUUCAAUUUAGUAUUACUUUUGCUCCAAUGUAUCUAGCAUAUGUGCUUCAAUAUUCGGCACUCGAGUCUGGCUUCAUCACCAUGAUUCCCCUUUUCCUAUUGCUUUUAAUUAAAUUCAUCACGGGUAUCAUUUCGGAUCGAAUGAAAUCAAUUUCUGAGGUGGGCAAGAUGCGGUUGUUCUCAUCAUUGUCUCUUCUUGGAUCGGGCAUCUUUUUCAUACUCGUUUCUUACUUUCCACCUGGUUACCACAUUGGUGAUGUUGUUCUGAUUGUGAUCCCUGUGGCUUUGCUUGGUUUUCAAUCUGGUGGUUAUCCGAAAUGCAUUGUGAUGGUGGCCAGGCAGCACUCCGCUUGGGUCAUGUCGAUUGUACAGAUGUUGGCAGUGAGCACACUAAUCGUUGGCUCUUUCGUAGUGCCUGCAAUGACCAGAGAGAACACUUUUGAACAAUGGAGAAAUGUUUUCACUCUUUAUGCGGCACUCAUGGUUUUAUGUAACACGAUUUUUGUUUGUUUUGCAAGAGCCGAUCCUUGUAAGUGGACAUUUGAUGUGGCGAUUGGGCAAGAUCAGGUGCGAGCUGUCGAAGAGGCGGAGCGAGAGGUGCGACGAAUGUGUUCUGAAGAGAUCUUGCCGAAUCAACCGCCAAUCAACGACCAUCAAAAUCAAGCCACCAAACGUAAAUCUAGCCAAGAAAACUCAAUUUCUAACGUC